AUGUUCGGGCUAAGCGACGGCAAUUCAAGGUCAUCCAGGAUGUUGGCUGUUGUUGUGGCCGUGAUCUUACUGAACAGCCCAGCUCCAGUGGUUUUCGCACUGAAAACCACACCGGGUUCGCCAUGCACAAACGUGUGCGGUAAAACAGCCAAUACUACAUCUUCUGAGAUUGCAUGUUUGGAUCCAUCGUUUAACAAAACCUCUGUGGGGAAAAGUUUCGAAAAAUGCAUCUCCUGUCAAAUGGAAAGUCAGUUCCACGAUGUGAACACCGGGGAAUCGGACGUGAACUGGGGCCUCUAUAACCUGCGCUACGCUUUUUCAACCUGUGUGUUUGGAUUUCCCGACUCCAUCUCAAAUGUCUCUUCACCAUGCCCAGUCGCAUGCGAUGGUGUCCGUUUAGCAGUCGCAACCCAUCUUGAAGACCCAGGCACAUCAAAUCUGAACUCGUGGUGUGAGACCAAAUCGUUUGCCGAUAACGUGGUCAACACCUGCGAGUUCUGCUAUAACUUGACCACCACUCAGGUUUACAUGGCAAACUUCCUCGAGUCCAUCCGCUACAACUGCCAUUUCAAGACAGAAACGGGCAAGCGCUUCAACAUAGACCCAACAAGAAUCUUCAGCCAAUCCCUACUUCCCUCAAGUUUGUCGCUCGAAACUCCCGGCCCAAGAAACUCAAACCUGAACCUGGGAGUGGUGAUUGCCGUUCCAAUUGUGGGAUUCCUAAUCCUCGUCACGGCGCUCACGGUAUGUUGCUUCUUCUUCAUCCGGCACCGACGCAGAAAGGUCAACCGGUCCCGCCAGUCCCCUCAUAUGUACAAUCGCUGGAACGAAGCAUCUGGCGCCUCGCCGACUAGUGCACAGCUGCAGCAGCAAGCCUGGGCUGAGCAACAGAUGUAUAACUCUGGCGUGUAUGGGCAUGGGUCAGGCUUUGGCUUUAUUGAUAAUGAUGGCCGCGGACAGGAGCUUGCAUAUGGUCAUACUCAAGGCCAACAUUACCAAAGCCAACAGUACCAGCAGCACUACCAGAGUCAGGAUAAGUCAGGUGUCUCCCAAGAUAUUGUUGAGCAACCUGAUCAACCGCAGUACCAGCAGCAGCUUGCCCAGCAACAAUAUCAGCAGCAGCAGCAGCAUGCUCAGGUUCAGAAUCAUCUUCCGGUCUUUGAUCCUGAUCAGAAGCAAAAGGACCCUCAGUGGUAG